AUGAAAACAGAAAAAGUAAGUGUGUGUGUGUGUGUGUGAGAGAGAGAGAGAGAGAGAGAGAGCGAGAAAGUGAGAGAUGAAGCUGUUAGGAUGGUGGUUGAUGCUAGUGGGCACACUUCGGCUUGCAUCGGUAUGGUUUGGUUUCUUCGACAUUUGGGCUCUUCGUCUCGCUGUUUUCUCCAAAACCACAAUGUCAGAAGUACAUGGGAGGACAUUUGGAGUGUGGACUCUUCUAACCUGCACUCUUUGCUAUCUUUGUGCAUUUAACCUUCAUGACAGGCCUUUGUAUUUGGCAACCUUGUUAUCAUUUGUCUAUGCCUUCGGUCAUUUCCUGACUGAGUUCUUGAUCUAUCAGACAAUGGAAAUAAAAAAUCUGAUUACUGUUGGUAUAUUUGCAGGCACAUCUAUAGUGUGGAUGUCGUUGCAGUGGAAUGCACACCAACAGAUUAAAACUAAGAGUCCAUAAAAGUGAAUCAAUAACAGUGGAUUGAAGCAGAUUUUUCGGACGUUAUCCCUUUUGGCCUAUGCCUUUGCUGCUGCGAUUUAAGUCUCAGAGUUUUAGCUGGGUGAGCUCUGGAAGAAUCUCUCAUUGAACUUCUUGGCCGCAAUUUUCUCAAUGUAAUGUCUCAAUGGGAAGGAUUUUGUGUGUCCCAGACUUGGUCGACGGAUUUUUUUCGAAUAUUUUCUAAAACAUGGAAAGCCAAAAACUAAUCAUGGUCAAUCCAUGUUUCUGUAUAACUUAUCAUUUUGGUUGAUUAUCAACUUUAUCUCGUAGUAUAACUGGCAAUAGUUUAUGCUUUUCACCAAUGAGAUCUUUUACCGAAUGAUUCAUAUUUA